CGGUUCCAUUUUCCAUGUAAAUGUGUUUAUUUAUUUGUUGUGCUGUUCGUUCUAUUAAUAUUCAGAUUAUUCCAGUGCGUGGUCGUACGGUGGCGACGAUAAGGACAUGGUACGGUCAAUGGGUGGUGAUCGAUGGCGCUUUGCCUUCAAUAUAAUAACCGGUCACAUAUCCAUAAAUUGAAAUAAGGAUUUAAAUACACGUGAAAUUAUACUUAAUAUCAAGAAGAAGGACAUAGCAAGAAGGAACUGGAAACGUGAC